AUGUAACAAAUCAAAAAAAUUGAUUUAGUCAGAAACUCAAGCAAAAACAAAAGUUUUUAGGAAAUUUAUGAUUUUAACAAAAGUUAUGUAGGAUCCUAAGUUUAUGUAGAAAUUGGUUUAAGGUUCAUAUGAGAUGGAUUACAAGACAGUGCAUAGAGAAACUGGUUUAAGCAGAGCAGUAAAGAUAAUUCACAAGGCAAGUGUAAAUUAUAAAGAAAGAUUGAAUAAUGAACUUAGAACUGUAGUAUUAUUGGUAUUCUGGAAACUUAGUUUAUUUAAGGAUCAUAAAGAUAUUAUAAAGGUUUUUGAGACUUAUGAAGAUACAGAUUAUAUCAUUGAGUUAAUGGAGUAAAUAAUAAAUUAUAAAUUAAGAUAUGUAAGGAGGCGAUACCUUGAUAAAGUAUUAGAAUAUGGUAAUUUUUAUAAUAAAGAGGUUUAACUAUAUUCAUAGAAAUUAUUAGAUCUGUUGAUGACUAAAUCAUUGAAUAUGGUUCAUAGAGAUUUGAAACCAGAGAAUGUUUUAUUUUAGAAAUAUAACAAUUUGGAUUCUCUUUAUAUUAUUGAUUUUGGUUUAUCUAAAGUAUUUUAACCUGGUCUUUUGCAUUAAUGA